GUAAUCAUGAGAAUGGACUUUACAGGCCUGUCCUUAUCCCUCGUUCUUUCAGCACUUAUGCUGCUUGACAGAAGGAGCAACACAGAAGCGGGUUUCGUGAGAUCUCUGGAGAGCUGCAAAAUGAUUGGAACAAUGGCAUUCUGUCAAGGAGAGAAGUUGGAUCAUGUGCCAGCAAACCUGCCCGUCAGAACAGAAGAGCUCCUUCUUAAUGAAAAUGUCAUCAGAGCAAUCAACAACGGAUCAUUUUCUAUGUACAAAAGUCUGCACACGCUGAACCUGAGUGGGAAUCAGAUUGAGGUUAUUGAGUCUGGUGCCUUUGGAUACAACGGGAAUCUGGAAGAUUUAAAUCUAAAGAACAACCGUAUUGAUUUAACUUAUUCAGAAACUCAUUUGGCACUAAGAACUCUCUCAGCUCUAACGAGGUUGGAUUUAUCUGAGAAUAGACUAAAUGAAGACAUGACAAGUUAUAUAGUGCAAAACCUGACCACGAUGGAAUAUCUAUCCCUGGCCAGAAAUUUCAUAAUGAGAUUGGAACCUAGCACUCUUGAAGGUCUUGUCCAUCUUCAAGAACUGAACUUAGAGUACAAUCACAUCUACGAAAUUGAAAGUGGGACGUUUGAAGGUUUGGGAAGAUUGACCAGGUUGAACCUCGCUCACAACCACAUUCCAUGUAUUGUAGAUUUCAGUUUGUACCAGGUAAAAACAUUAAACAUCAGUCACAAUGCUGUUGAGCUGUUUUUAGCCAGAGAAAUUGAGAUUGAAUUUCAGUUGGAAACUCUGGACCUGUCCCAUAAUAAACUGCUGUUUUUCCCACUCUUACCCAAAUGCAACAAACUCAAGUCACUGUUGCUUGCAGACAAUGAGAUGAGCUUUUACAGUGAUCUGAUGAAUGACUCAUCCACUGAAGUCCAAUUCAUCCAAAUCGUUGGGAAUGUGACCAACAUCACCACUGUGAAUCUUUGGGACGAGGUAAUUUCUGUAAGCUUGCCAGAGUUGGAAGUUCUGGAUAUGAGCAGGAAUUCAUUUCGGUAUCUUCCUCAAGGAUUCCUACGGGGAAUGACGGCAUUAUCUACUCUGCAGCUCAACCAGAACUGCUUGCAAACAUUCUCUCUAAUGGAGGACGAGCCUCUUCUCUUCCUUCAGCUGCUGGAUCUCAGCCAAAACAGAUUAGCAAAUCUAAAUGUCAGUGUUAACAGGAUGGAGAAACUGAAUCACUUUAACAUCAGCUUCAAUGAAUUACAGUCAGUGCCUUCUGAUCUCUUCACUAAGAUGCCACAGGUGGCAACGGUGGAUCUCAGUCACAACAAUGUGUCUAUUUGUGCCUACCCUUUCAAACACGAGAAAAGGACUUUAAACGGAGGUUGUGUUGGGCUGGCAAACAUGAAGUCAUUGAAACACCUGUAUCUUGCCAGUUGUGGACUGGAGACUGUACCAGCCAAUGCAUUUGUUGGCACACCAUUAACACAUUUAGAUCUAUCAUCCAACACUGGCAUCAGAUUGGAGACAAGUACUUUUCAAGAUGUGUCUGAAUCACUGCAGUUCCUAUUUCUCAGCAACAAUGGAUUAACAUCUAAGCAGUUAGGCAUUGGCCUACGAGUGGCUUUCAGACACCUAAGCAGCUUGGACUUAUCCGAAAAUGUCUUAACAAGUCUUCAUCCUGUAUUGAAAACCCUUCCCCUGAAAUGGUUGGAUUUGCGUAAGAACCAAUUGUCGACUCUUCAGCAAGAUGUACUGCGGAGUCUUCUACACAAUCUAGAGGGCAUACUCCUGAGCGGUAAUGCCUUUGACUGUUGCCAGCUGAGCUGGUGGACCUCUUUGACCAAUGCCAAGUCACUAAUUAUUCUUGAUAUAUCCAAGGUCACUUGCAACAGCACUGUCAGCCUAGUUGACCUACACAGAAUUUCCCACUUUACCAAAAUUCACUGCAGAUUUGAUAACACUGUUUUAAAAUAUUUGUUGCUGUUGCUGCCAACUCUUGUGUUCAUUAUAACUGUAAGUGUGAUGGUUUUCCUCUCUUUAAAUUCCAAGUUGUUGCCUAAAUAUGUGAAAGCCAGAUGCAAAAUGGGAACUGAGUAUUAGCCGGAAUCCUCUUGGGUCACGUCAGCACUUGUCCCAGUUCUCGAAACGCAUUGGUGACUGGCGCGGCACCUACCUCAAAGGGGCAACGUUUACAGUGCUGAGCUGAUGAACAGAAUGAGUCUCUCCAAAGGCACUAAUAAUAAAGACAGCCAGCUGCUCUGUAUCAGCAUGGCGGGCAAGUUGUAUCAGCAUAGCGGGCAUGCUGGACAGCUAUUGCUGUGAUUACUGCAUUCACUACUGACCGAAACUGGAUGUAUCUAUGAACAUGCACAAAAGCUUUGCAUAAUAUUUAUAAUAAUUAUUAAGAUAUAUAUUCUACUGUACAGAAUACGUAAACAUGAAAAGUAGGCAUUAUGGACAAUGAGUAUUUUUGUAAAUUAAAA